UAGUUCAGCGGCACGAUCAUCCGCGCAGAGGUUCAGUAGACAGUGCGCGACUAGCCGCGGUGAGGUUUGGUCUGUGUCGGUGAUCUGCUCAAUGUUCCUCGGUGCCGGGGGUACGAUUUCACUUACCGUUUGUUGGUAGUCCAUUUUGUGCAAGCACAAUCUGAUUUAGUAUUCUGUCCAGUAUCAUCGUGUGUUGUGGUGUAGAAAGUGCGCGAGAGAUUCGAGGCCUGAUCUGCGUACAAAAAUUGUGGAUGUUUCUGGGGCCGACCGAAAUAAAUAAAUAAAUAAAUACAUAGUGUUGAGCUGUUAGAAGAUUUUCGAUUUUAUAGUGCGGAAUAAACCGUGACGUGAUCGAUUAGCAAUUCUAAUGCCGGCGAUGAUGACGAGCUAAAAGGAGAGAACUCCAACUCGUCGGCGGGUGUGUCACUGGGUUUGCGUGGCGUAUUCAGCGCGCCAUAAGUCACGAAACGAAUCUCGACGGACAGUGGUGGUGUGUUCUACUUUUCGGAGACUGCAGAGAUCAAAUCGAAGCGACAGAUCGGGAGGCAAGGCGAAGGGGUUUCCGUUGCUGACCCAACAACGACGGGGCGGUGUGGUCGAUCACUAGAAAACAGAGCCGAUUGUCCACUCGGGGGCAAAUUCUGCGCAAAAACAACCGAACCAGCGGAUAAAUCGAACCACGUCUAAAAGAUAAUGGGCAACUCAGGCUACACCUGCAUCCGACGGACUUUUUGCUCGUUCAAUGUUCUCAUAUGGCUUUGUGGCAGCGGAUUCCUAGCCAUAGGCGUAUGGCUGCGAUUCGCUGCACCCGGGUACGCUACCUUGCUGCCGGACCAUGCGGCCCUCAGUGCCGACUGUGUCUUCAUCACCAUCGGGGUGCUUAGCUUCGUGAUAGCUUUCUUCGGCUGUUGCGGCUCGUGGUUACAGUCGAGGUGUUUCCUUAUUAUUUAUUUCACGUUGGUGGUUUUACUGUUUUUGAGCGAGUUCUUGUUGGGAUCGCUGGCAUUCGUUUUCCGCGGCGGAAUCGGACGAAUGCUGGUUCACGAACUCAAGUAUGGUAUUGAGAAGCACUACAACGUCACCGAUCGGGGAGGGCUUCUCGCUCCCUCGGUGGCCUCCAUCUGGGAUAAGCUGCAGGUUGAGCUGCAAUGCUGCGGCGUUUCAUCGUACGAAGAUUGGUACGAUAUCAGUGCCUGGCCUGGCGAGCGAUGGGUACCCCGAUCAUGCUGUCGUCCCCGUUACAAUUCCAUUUUCCUGGAGGGAUCUGGCGAUGACCUACAGGGUGUUGAUUGUAGAAAAGCCGGGGACCCCUCCCUACUGUGGGACAAGAGUUGCGGCCAAAUUCUCCAGAUGUGGUUCGUCCAACGGUUGCAUGUUGUUGGAACUGUUGGCCUCGUCAUAGCAUUCCUUCAGCUAUUUGGUCUCAUCUCAUCGAUGCUCCUGUUCUGUACCGUGAAGCACAAGCGGUCCUCGAAAACGUACAAAUCCUACUCGCCCACUGUUGAUACCACCCUGAAUCGGAACAGUUCCGGCACGUAUUUGGACGAUUGAAAGCGAAGUGGUGCACAUACGGAGGGGACCCACAAAAACAUACACAUCGCAGGCGAAAAAAUACUCAUUAUAAUUCUAUUUUUUUCUGCCGAGAUAACAACGAGUUGUUAGAUUAAGAGAGAAGCUGUGCCAAAAAUUGAAGAUAACAUACAAAGAUGGUUACUUCUAUCUGUAGAUGAGCCAAUGUUAAUUUAUGAAAACGAUAGAAAACAAUAUAGAGUUAAGAUCCGUAGCAGGACAUCGUUCAUGCAAAACAAAACGACGACAAGGAUAGAUUUAUUUUCAACAAACUGGAACAAGUGCGCGAAGAUUAGCGUAGAUUAAUGAUUAUAUUUUAUCAUGCAUGCAUGAGGAGAUCGAAGGGCUUCCACUAGGGAGUAAAUUGUUCAUUAGCCAGCAAGAGAGACAUUCCAAAGUUGCAGCAUUGUAUUUACACAGUGACCAAAAUAAACGAUGAUAUACUCCAGC